AUAGUGUUCCCCAAGUCAUAGUGUAUUCAGGUAGGAAACAGGUAACACACAGAGACGCAACUAUGGAGCUCAAGAACGUUGGAUUUAUCUGUAGAGACCCUACAAGAGCACUAUAUGCUGUCGCAUGACUGUCAUACUACAGGAAUAUGUUUUUAUGAUACUCCCGCCUGUUACGCUUGGAGUUCGUAUUUUUUACUGGAGUUAAAGUGACGUACCAAUUCUAGUUGCAGUCAUGACUUCACAAACGUCAGGAUUGGAUUACAUUGUGGAGAAUAAGGAAUUCAUUACCAAGUUAUCAUCGGCUCUCGAUACGGACAAUGUUACCACAAAAAAGCAAGUUUUUGAGCUGCUUUCCGCUUUGUGUGUAUACUCAACGGAAGGAUACGCGCGGGCAGUAGAGGCCUUGGAAUGUUACAAGACACAGAAAAAUGAGAGGUACAGAUUUUUCGUUAUUAUCCGGGAACUCACAGGAGACGGGAACGCCCAAUAUAAGACUUCUCUUCUCGCCUUUAUCAAUUGUCUUAUCAUCUCUGCCCAAGAUAUCAAGGUUAGAGUACGGAUAAGGAACGAAUUUAUAGCGCUGAAGUUGCUAGAUGUUCUAAACCAAUUACGCAUCGUUCCUUUUUCUUCUCAUUUCAGAAAAGAACAAGACCAAGAUCCCGAUCUGACAGUUCAGUUAGACGUUUUUGACGAAGAAAGGGCGAAUGACGAUGAACAGUUACAGCAGCAGUACCCAGAAGGGGUCGAUCUGGGCAACCACCUGGACGUGUUCUACGCAAUAUUUAACCAGGUCAGUGGCACCCCUCAGGAGCUCCCCUUUCUGGCCACCUUACAGCACCUUCUCCAGAUUGACCCUACAGACACCAUCAGCGACGUGGUGUGGGACACCAUCGAGAAAUUGGUCUACAGGGCCACGCUGCUGGAAAAGACAGAGGACUCACAGAGAUUACUCAAAGCUGGCUACAAACGGCUGGAGAGGGCCGUACAGGGAUCUGAUGAAUCUGAUGCAGCAGGGAAUCGAUCCCGAACUGAAAGUCAGUCGGAGUCUACGGUGGCAUCGCCACGGUUAAAGGAUACGGAUAAAAAAGGUGCAAUAGGCCUCCAGGACAUGGGAACACCCCCACCUCCCCCACCCCCUGUACCCGGUGCAAUUCACAGUAUUCCACCACCCCCUCCCCCACCUGGACCAGGGGGUGUUCCCCCACCUCCACCUCCCCCAGGGAUGGCACCUCCGCCAGGACCACCCCCUCCACCAGGGAGCCUAAUAAAAAGUGGACCAGAAAUAACUCUACCUCAGCAGCAGACUCCUGCCCCAAAGUCUAAAAUGAAGAAACUUCAGUGGCAGAAAAUUCCUGUCAACCGUGUGGUUGCUUCUAAAAAUGUAUGGACCCAAGCUGGACAAAUGUUUAAUGGCUACAAAGUAGACUUUGAGGAAAUGGAAGAGUUGUUUUGCCAGCAGGUUCAUAAGCCUCCCUCUGCUCAGGGGACUAAAGAGACUAAUUCUCCAUCAAACACCUUAGAGAAGAAGAAAAGAGAAACUGAGAUCAGUUUACUGGAUAGCAAGAGAAACCUGAAUAUCAACAUAUUUCUAAAGCAGUUCAGAAUUCCACAUGAUGAAAUUAUAAAGUUACUUAAGGAGGGGGCAAGUGACAGGAUUGGGGCAGAAAAACUGAGAGGCCUGCUUAAAAUUUUACCUAAUAGCGAUGAGAUUGAAUUGCUGAGGACUUUUGAUGGGGACAAAGAGAAAUUAGGCAAUGCGGAAAAAUUUUACCUGCAGUUGUUGACUCUACCUAGUUACAGACUUCGUGUAGAAUCUUUGCUGAUCAGGGAAGAAUUCAACAACAACAUGGACAACAUCAAACCUUCUAUAGAGGCAGUCAUCAUGGCUGCAAAAGAACUGAAGGAAUGUAAAACCCUCCAUGAAAUCCUCUAUUUGGUGCUGGUAGCUGGCAAUUUUCUCAAUUCAGGUGGUUAUGCUGGAAAUGCUGCAGGGUUCAAGCUGACGUCCUUGCUAAAGCUUACAGAGAUCAGAGCCAACAAACCCAGAAUGAAUUUACUGCAUUAUGUCUGCUUGCAAGCAGAAGAGAAAAACCCAGAGCUUUUGACACUCACUGACAAAAUGAAGUACAUCAAAGAGGCCUCACAGACAUCUUUGGAAUCUCUUACUCUUGAUAUUAGUGGACUGCGUGACCGAGUGAUUGCAAUAUCAGAACAACUGGAGAAAGAAGGGGGAGAAUUCUGUGAACAAAUGGCUCCUUUUCUGAGGGAUGCCAAGCUGGAGAUCCAUGAACUGCAAGAAGAUUUGGUGGACAUUGAGAGACUGCGUGUGGAAUUAUGCGACUUUUUCUGUGAAGAUAAAGCCACCUUUAAGAUUGAGGAGUGCUUCAGGAUCUUUAACACUUUCUGUGAUAGGUUCAAGAAAUCAAUAGAGGAAAAUAAGCAGAGAAAGAUUCAGGAAGAGAAAGCUGAAGCUAGACGAAAACAGAGAGAGGAACUUGACAGCAAAAAGCGUCCCACUGGUGAAACUCCCACCAGAGGUCGCCAGCCAUCGGGAGGUAAAGCAAAUGUUAGUGCAGAAGAUGAGAACCCGCUGGAACAGAUACAGGGGUAUAUUCGUAGUGGUUUUGACAACAAAAAACUUCCUGAAGCAAACUUCUCAGUAACAAAGGUGACCAAAAUCUCCUUAGAUUCCCAAAAUGUGUCAGCUGGUGUUAACAGCGGAACAGGUGACAUUGCAUCAAAGCAUAAUUCUGCUCCACGUAAACUGACUGCAAUAGAUGAGAACAACAUGUCUGAUGAGAGCUCCAAUGGCGACAGUCUUGAGGAUAGAAGUGAGAGUGAUCUACUCAAUGAAACCCCAGGCCAGAAACGUGUUAGAAAAGCACAAGGAGGCGAUGAGAGUUUGCUGGACUUUUUGCUCAGUGCAAGUGAAGACCCAAGCAAAAAUCACUUGAAACCAGAGGGUGAUUUUGAGCGGCUUGGAAGUUUUCGCCGAAAGCGGCAGCAGAGGAGAAGUGGGCACUUGGAAUCAUUUGGUUCAGGGCGUGAAAGGGCACCAUCUCCUCAUGUUGAUGGGGAUAAAACACCUGCAGCGACAACGCCCUCUAGUGAGAAACCAGAAAGACGAGGCUGGAGAAGUAGGUUUGAAGAUGGUGAACUUGACAAGUAUACUUCCAAAUCUAUCUCGGUUCCCACAAAAACAACCAAUCCACCACCAACCAUAGUAACAGAUGAUGGAGAACCAGAUGCGUCUCUGCAAAAAGAAAGACGGUCUCGCCUUGAGAGGCGAUGGAGAAGUAACAUUGAAUCAACAGAUGUUGACACUGCAACAAAGGGCCAUGAAAAGAAAGUUGCAAUGAGAAAGACUGAGGAACCAGCAGUUGUUAAACCAGAUCCCAAAAAGAUUCAUGCUGAUAGCAGUGCUGUGAGCAGGUUUAAAGACGUCUUUGAAAGUAAGACAGGUAGCACUUGUUCACAGCAGGAAAAAAGUGCCAGCCAGACUGAAACUGUUACUAAAACUGAAACUACAGCUAAAACUGAAACAACAGCUAAAACUGAAACUGAAACUGCUAAAACUGAAACACCUGACAAGAAUUCCGUGGUUGAAAGACGUGCCCGACAGGGCCGCCGAUGGAGGUCACACUUAGACCCUGCAGAACUCCACUCUGCUCUUAAGACAAUAGUUGAAAAGGAAAAAUCAAUGGAGAAAAUUGGUGAGGAUGUCAGUACAAAAUCAGAAGAGACUAAUCAGACUACAGAUAAACAAAUCAAUGAGAGAUCCUCAACAAGAGUACCACAGAGUUCCACUGAAGGCUCUGAUUUUAAUACUGUGAUACAGAAAAUAGAAUCGGUCCAGAAUGAUGCAAGUGACAGUGAUAAAGUUGAAGAGGAAAAUAAGAAAAAUAGACCCAGCACACUGGAUGUGCGCCCCAGCUCCUAUCCACCUAGACUUAGACGUUGGCAAAGCAAUAUUGAAAAGACUGAUAUAGACCAAGUCCUGAAAGCAAUAGAAAAAACAGGGAAGGAAAUAGAACAGAUUGGUUCACCUCGUGCUCAGUCUAGCCCAAUGGAAAAAGAAAAGGCCACUCCAACAAAAUCACCACAACUAUUUUCUCCUUCUAGAGAUAGUUAUAAACCAUCAAUGCAGAGGGAAAGCUUGACUGAGAGAGCAUGGCUUCAACAUUCGACUUCUUGGAGGGGAAAACGAGAGGAUGGAGAAGAAGAGGAAGAAGACACUUCACCCAGACAUUCCUCACGCAGGCAGAAAGUUUUAAGUACUUAUGAUAACAUAAAUGGAAACAUAAGUGACAGUAAAUCCAAUGAGAAACGCUUUAGUACUUAUGACAAUUUGAACACACCUGAAGCUACUACACCUGACCACAAACCAUCUGAAGCUUUGAAAGAACUGAAAGCAGAACCUGAUGAAAUACUUUCCAGUCUCCGCAGAAGAAGGCAGCCAAAUAUGUUUGAUACAGCUGAGGACCCUGUCACUCCACGCCCUAGAGGGAAUGCAAGAAGUAUUGGUCGAAGCUUGUCCAGUCGCUUGUCUCAUCUUUAUAGUAGCGACAAUGAAGAGCCAUCUCCAUUCACUACAACUGGUAGCAGGCCCAGCUCUUCACAUGAUCCAGAUGUUGAGAAUAAAAAUACGGAAAAGGCCAAGAGUCCAACUUCACCAACUUCUCCAAGAGACAUCAAUGACAACAAAGAGGAAAAGAAAAUGAAUGAUAAAGCUGACAUCCAUUACCAUGGUGUGGAAAGCAACGAUGAAGGAUUUGAGACACAAUCUGAAACAGUUUCCCAGAGAACCUCGAUGAGCAGUACUUUAGAAUCAGAGUUGCUGGACAACAAAAACAUCAAUCGUAAGUCACAGGAGAUUUUAGAAUCUGGGUCAUUUGAUGAGAAUGAUGAAAUGAGAAAUGAAGGAGGUAUGACAGCUGCUGGUUCGACUGACACAGUAAUUCCAAACACUGGAGAUUCCCUGGAUUCAGCAACAGAUGUCAGUGCUUCUUUCACUCUUCCUUUGCCUGGAAUGGAGAAUGGGGACCAGGAUAAACCAGAAGAUGAAGAGUGGACUGUGAUAGAGACUGUAGAACAUGUGGUAAAAGUCAGUGAUCUUCCAGAAAAUGUUCGCCAAAGCCUAGGUAUAGAAGUUUCUGCUGAACCUACGGAGCCAACUCCAAAAGCACCACCAAGGAAAAAGACUGCAGGUGUGUCUAAAACAAGUACAACUGCUCCCAAGACCAAGCAGCCACCACCUGCUAAAACAGUCCCUCAAAAGAAACCACUCACCAAGUCAACUCUCCAAGCACACAACAGACCCACACCUAGUAAGAGAGAUUCUGGCUCCAGUCAUAAGUCUUCUGACUCUAACAAGUCUUCCUCAAAAGUUGUGCGCUCACCAAGAACAUCAACUUCUUCCUUUAAUCAUACUGAUCGGAAUAAAUCUGCUUCAAAUGCAAGUCUUCAUUCUCAAGGUAGUACUGCUUCUAAUAAUAGUUCCAGCCGACCAACUUCCUCACGGAAAGCACCAUUGAAGAAGACCACCUCAACUCCAGUCACCCAGACUAAAACAAAGACUGCUAUACCAACAACAGGUCGCCCCAAGAGACCAAGCCUGGGUAUAAGUGCCAAAACAAAGUCUACUUCUAACACAAGCCUCAAUUCUGCAAACAGUGCCUCUACAAAUAAGAGUGAAAGUGCCAAGCCACCCCGUGCUGCUACACCAUCCCAGGGCCUCAAAAAAGAAAAGGACACUGUCUUUUCACGCCUGAACAGCAUGCGUCGUAAAGGUCCACCCAAAAUUCCAGAUGGCCACUCUGAAACAGUCACACAUGCUCCGAAAGAUAUUCCAGAGGUCCAUGGUUCUCCUAGGCACACAACAGAGGUGAAGCAGUCACCAAGGCACGCAGCUGAAGCCAAGUCAUCCCCCAGACAUCCUGCAGUUUCCCACGAGUCCAAAACUGGCAAGAUGCACCCAAGAGUUGCCUCACCACAGCCACAGUAUGACGGGGGCUCACAGAAAACCACUCCAAGGUCCAUUACCCCCGAGCCUAGUGGCGGAAGCCAGGCCGAUGUUUUUUCAAGACUCACCGCACCAUACAGCAGCCUCCGCAGGAAGACAGCAUCUCCAGUCACCACAACCAACAGCACAGAAUUCGAUGUAGGUGAGAGCCCACUUCGAAGAAUGGGGAGUGUGCGAAGAAGCAAGGGCAUUCCAACGAUCACUAAGACAGGACCACAUCAGGAAGAAUCGACAAGUUCUGUUGUUAUGAGACCCAAAAAAGCAGGAGUGACUGAUGCUUCCAAACGGCGAAGUAUCAGUACUGCCAAUCCUAUUGCAGAUUCAGAAAAACAUGAUCUGGAGAUGUCUGGUCUCUCUACGGUGAAUGAAAACGAUCUGCCUGAUAAAUCCCCAUCAUUUUUACAAAAGUUGAUGGGGAAACCAAAAGAUAAGUCACCAUUCCGUAAGUCAGCUCUCAAUAAAGGGGACCCUCAUAUAAAAGCAGCUGACAGAAAAAAGGCAGGUGUAUGGAAAUAAUAAUAACUGCAUUUUGUUUAACUUCCACUUACUAUUUAUGUAUGGUUUGUUAUUAACCUUUGUUUUCUUGUUUGAUAGAAAAUAGAGUAGCACAAUUUGUCAAAAUAUUGUUAAUUCCAAGUAGUUAAUUUAAAUGUGCUGCUUGACUUAUCACAUUUUGGUAGUUUCUCUUCCAUGAUGAAAUACAGGAGUUGAUAUUUUCCUCACCAGUCAUAAUAUAUUUUAUGUCAUGAGAAAUAUUGACCAGUCUUCCAGGGGUACAUCAGUUCAUCACUGAUUGAUUCUUAAACA